AUGAAGCCAACCGAAUCGCCGCCGCCAAAGCGAAACGCGAAGCCCGCAAAUCACAACUUCGCCCAUUACGCAACGCCGCCGCACAACCUCUCCCUACGUGUCCUCGAUGUCAACGGACAUUCCGGGCAUGAAUCGGACUUGUUGAACAUCUGCGGAUCAACUGCACCUCUCCAACUGCUCCAGCCAUCGCCCCCCCGCCCGCCUCUUCCUCGACCUCUCUGCCGCCAACGAACUCUGUUAACUCUUCUGUACCACCACUUCCAUCCUCCUCCCCCUCUGCCCCAGCGGCGGCCGUUCAGACUGCCGUCUCACACAUCACCAACCCCAACACAACAACCGACACCACCUCUCCCACCUCUCCCGAUACUGCUGAUGAGGAUCAGGACUACACCUGCCUUCACUGCGACCGCACCUUCACCUCUCGCAUCGGCCUGGUCGGUCACUUGCGAAUCCAUCACACAGAGAAUGGCGAACCAGUGCCUGGAGCACCAACCUACACCCAUCGCAAUCGCCUUCACUGCCCACACUGCCCUCGCACCUUCACUCAUCGCAUGGGUCUAUUCGGCCACAUGCGCAUCCACGGCGACCUGCGGUAG